AUGCACAACCAUAAUCCGGUUGCUUUGGUUGGCUUUUGUAAGGAGUUUUACUGGGAUGCCCAGUCAUCACGUUUGGCCGAAAUUCCUCGUGCCACAUAUAGGCAACGUGCCAUGUACUUCCUUCGCCGCACACCCUUGAGCCGAUUACAAACAGUACAAUUCAGAAUGUUAUCGAUCGCAGAAGAUUUUAGGAUCCGACUAUGCAAACAAAAGUUGUCUCCAGAAAUAGUUGCUGGUGAUGCUUUUGGAACGAGCGCAAGUCAGAAGAAAACAAAGCGGAAGCGUCGUACUCUGGUAGUCGAAAACAUGGCGUUGUAUACACUAACUGACCAAGAGCGAACAUCUUUACAUUUUUCUCAGGCUCGAGUGUUACGUACCCUAAAUGUCACUUCACAGCUUUUAUUACAAGAGACAACAUAUGUGCACAGUUUUAAGGACGGGAAACUCAGCCAGUUUGAAGACGUACACGAAGGAAAUUGA